GUGUGUGUGACAUGCAUACGUGUAUGUGUGGACUAUACUGCUGCCAAAAAGGGCACAGACUGGGGAACACCAGAGACAACAGGAGUGAUGUGAAAAUAUAUUUCAAAAAUAAUUUAUUACCCUGUAAAAAACGAUAAAUAUAAUUACGAUCAAUUGGUGAUUUCUCGUAGAAUCGUUCUGUUUCGAUUUAUCAUUUAUUUAUUAUUUCACUCGUUGAAUUGUGUAUCAAUGAUACACUAGUGGAUUAAAUAGUAGGGAAACGUGAGAUUGUGAAAAACAACAAUGUCGAGUGCACUGGAGAACAAGAUACUGAAUUUGCAGGAACGUCUGAGGGCGGAAAAGGAAUCGAUGGAAAGGGACAGACAGAUUAAUGAUGUUUCUUCAGGUAAUAUCAACCAAGUGCAAUCGUCAACAAGUACGAUGUCGAGUCCUAUUGUGCGGAGGCCACAAAGACUCGGUGACAUGGGUACGCCAACAAGACCCAGGAGGCAGUUGGAUCUGCCGGUAUCACAGAUGUUGCCCCCAAAGCCACAUGACAGUGAAGUAGAAUCCAAACUGCAGGAGAUCAUGAAGAUGAAUGGUAUUCUGAAUAUAAAUGGAACGAAGUAUCAGACAGAAAUGGAGGACCUGGAGCAUCUGGGUGAACUUGGCAAUGGUACAUGUGGUCAUGUUGUCAAGAUGAGACAUAAACCCAGUGGCGUUGUCAUUGCUGUCAAACAGAUGAGACGCUCUGGCAAUGCCGAGGAGAACAAAAGAAUAAUCAUGGAUCUCGAUGUUGUACUCAAGUCACACGAUUGUCCUUACAUUGUACAGUGCCUAGGCUGUUUUAUUACUGAGUCUGAUGUUUGGAUAUGCAUGGAGCUCAUGGCAACGUGCUUGGAUAAGCUGUUGAAGAGGCUGAGGCAAGCUAUACCUGAGGAUUUUUUAGGAAAAGUUACUGUAGCUACAGUGAAGGCACUUUCGUACCUGAAGGAGAAACAUGGAGUUAUUCAUAGGGAUGUUAAGCCUAGUAAUAUUCUUCUUGAUGAAAUGGGGGGAGUUAAAUUGUGUGAUUUUGGAAUUUCGGGGCGACUUGUCGACAGCAAGGCGAAGACCAGGAGUGCCGGAUGUGCAGCAUAUAUGGCGCCCGAAAGGAUAGACCCACCAGACCCAACGAAACCAGAUUAUGAUAUACGAGCAGACGUGUGGAGCUUGGGUAUAACUCUGGUGGAAUUGGCCACUGGAGUUUUUCCCUAUCGAGACUGCAAGACUGAUUUUGAGGUUUUAAGCAGGGUAGUACAAGAUGAUCCCCCUGUUCUACCUCCAGAUGCUCAUUUUUCAAAGGAAUUUCGAGCGUUUGUUAACUCGUGUCUGACGAAAAAUUACAAACAUCGGCCUAAGUAUCCCAAACUCAUUGAGCACCCGUUUAUCAAGAAAUACGAUACUCAUCAAGGGGAGAGUGCCAAUGGCUCCUUAUCAAUGUCUGGUUGCCAGUGGUUCGACCGAGUGAUGCGACAGCUCGAGCCAAGUUUCAGAUCUAUUGGAAAUGAGACCCACCGUACGGGUCAUGUAUCAUUAAAGACAACUGCCCACAUGAGGAAUCAAUCAGAGACAGCAGGAUUAUCAAAAGCCAGGAUAACCAAAGAGCCAGCUAUUACAGCAACAACGUACAAUCAACGAGCCACCGACAAUGGCACUUAUGUACCAUACAGUCCUUAUGCACUUAGACGUAGGGAAAUGAUAACGAGGCCUUUUUCACCGCCAAUAAGCAGUGAACAGGACAGAUCUUUGUCACCUUAUCGACAUAUUGAGCAGAACCGUUGCUCAAAUGGACAGAGUUUGUCGGAGUCGAGACCUUAUUCGCCUUAUUUUGGACGCUAUGAGGAGGGAAAUGAUCGGUGGGGAAGUGCCCCUAGAUCGUUGAGUCCAUUCAGGAGGGAUUAUUCACCAUGGAGACGGGAAAAUGUCGAUCCACCAGGCGUUGUACAACCUUUGGAGACCGGGAGGUAUUCACCAUUUGUACAGUCGAGACAAUAUCAUCCACCACCUCCGACACAUCCACUUGCACAUGAAAUUUAUGCUAGUCCUAUGAUUAGUCGGAAAAGGUUUCCUUCAGAGCCUCCACCGCCUGGCUCCCACGGGAGCACAAGUCCCCAACUAUUUAUUUCUCGUUUCACAAAUCAGUCGAAACAAGAAAAUAACACAACAGUUGCCUCGCAAACAACACCACCACCCUCCAAGGAAUCAGCGAAAAAGAGAUUUGCAUCGUAUGUCAGGUUGAGAUUGGGGGGAGAUCGUUCAGCAUCACCAGAGCCACCACCCAGACUUAGUCGGGGGGAAUCACCUCUUGCUGCACGAAGAAAUAUGCCUGAGCAGGCUUCACCUUCAUUUUCAAGAAGAUACAUUUCUCCCUCACCCCCGCAGCCCCCACCCCGGCGUCUCUCAGAGAGUAUCUCAGUGCCAGGGAGUCCCCAGUACCUUCGUACUCGACUUCUCUACACCCCAGAGCCCCAACGAAAGCAACCGCCUCCAUAACCCACCGUUAUCAUCACCAAUCAGCAAUCAAUCUUGGUGCCAUGCGUUAACAACGCUCCUGAGACUCUAGAUAAUUACACGGAUUACGAUAAUGAAGAUCCAAAGAUGAGCUUCACAUGUGGUGCACUACUCUGCAGUGCAAAACCAAAAAAACGUAGCACAAAAAACGAUCAGUGGUUCACAUGGAGGACCCUACGUGAUAGUAGAAAUUUUUUGCACGCGUAGGUUAAAAGAAUUGCGAGAGCGAAUGGGGAGAUGGAUGAGGUGAAAGUUCAGAGGUGAAAUGGAAAAAUGAGAAAUUCUACAAGACCAUGUCGUUGUGUAGAUUUCCAGAAUUAAUUAAAUAAUUACUGACCAUUAAUGGUUCUGGUAAUUCAUUAAAAGGAUACGUGGAUGUAUAACAAUUUUUUAAAAUCAACUUUCCUCAACCCCAACUCAUCGAAACUUUUUUGGUAUCAUGUUUGUUAAUCAAAAUUUUAUAUUGAAAAAAUCAGGGGGGAAUAAUUUAGCAUACUGGCACUCUCAUUCCUAAAAAAUAUAAGUAAUUAAUGAAAUUCUUUGCAUAAUUGUUAAUAACGAUUCUCUUAAAAAUAAUUCUCAUUUUUCCAAUUCACAAAUCAACGAAAAGAAAACCUCACAGGCCUUUUUGCGAACCUUAAAUCUGAUGAAGAAAAUUUUAUCGUUAUGUAAGCCUCUUGUAUUAAUGUGUAUUUGUAUAAAAUGCAAUACCAUGCUCAACUUUUUAUAUCGCUUGUGAAGAGAGAAAAGUACUCAACGCAAAGGGAGGGAAAAAAGAUUUAUUGUCAAGUUUGAGAGGAGUUUGUGUGGCAUUUUUUGUAACAAGCUGAACGGUCAAGUCAGGAUGUACUCCUACGAUUGUUCAAUCAGGUUUAUCGUCUAGAAUGAAUAUUGCCCAUUCUAUUGCUACUUUUCUACCCGAGAAAUUCGAGUAUCUGCUAUUCAAUUCUUCUCUCACAAUCAGAAUGGAAAAUGAAGUGUCUAAAAAAUCUCUGGAUAAUCUGUAUUCACGUGAAAAAUCGUGAGAGGAUUUUUCAGCAAUUUACACUAGACGUAUUUAGACGUAAAUUUUUUGUACGCCGAGCGAUAUUGGUUCACCAUGAAUUCACCGAAAUCCACAGUCACUGAGGCCGUUGGAAGCAACCAUUGGAAAUGAAUGCACAAGCCAGUGACGGCGGAAUCAAACAAACUGAAUAUUUUAAUCCUGAUGAUGUAAAUUAUUUGAUUGAGUGGGAGAGAUCGUUGUAAUUAUUAAUUCAAAUUACUUCAUUUUGAGACACGUUAAAAAAACAGACACGCGCAUGAUCUAUGUAAGAAAUAGCAUCGAGAGUAAAAUGAAAAGAAUACGAGCAAUAACUUUCGUCGCUUAUUUACAGAAAGAUCUGUUGUAUUGUAAAUAAACUUAUAUUUAUACGGA